UGCUAUGUGACUGAUUGUUACCGUGGCCUGCGGAUGUAUCAUCAUUGCAAUAGACGACACUGAACUACAAAUUAGAAAUCGUCCCUUCUCUUUAAAUUGGAAAUGACAGGCAGGAUAUAGAAGCCGUGAGGAGCUCCCUCUCGCUGACGUCACUAUGAGGCUUCACCACUGAUCCUCGCCGCCAGGUCUGGUCGUACCCGAAGUCGUUCCGAACCGCCAUGAUGGUCGCCAAGAUGAAGAAGGGACCCUGCUGCGGCGUGGCGCUGCUCGCCUCCUUCUGCAUCGUCUACGCCGCCGUUGGCACGUGGCCAAGGAAGAGCGCAACGGAAGUGCCGAUCACAGAACAGGUUCCUGUGGAGGCUGAGACAGUCCCGGAGAAGCGCGCGUUCGUAAACUUUCCUCGGCCGUCUGAGACUCUGAGCGAGAGCCUCCCCUUCCGCUACUUCGACUCCUCGCAGAGCUACCAGACGGAGGGCGUGACCGGCCGCGCACUCUCGCGCCACGAGCUCGAGCUCCUGCAGCCCGUGAAGGAGGCGGCGACGCAGCACCUCCGCCAGGUCCACCCACAGGCCGCCUUCGUCAACGGCAGGUACCGUUGGCUUCCCUCCGGCGCUGAGUUCGACCUGUACUUCGAGGAUUCUUCAGCCGGAGUCAGCAGCAGGAUCACGUUGUACCAGAAGCUGGAAGCCCCGAAGGUCAUCAACGCCUUCGCCGUCGACCAGCACGCGCAAGUGAACAUUAUUGUGCCCUUAAAGGGACAUGUAUCCAAGUAUACUACUUUCUUGGACCAUUUAGUGAGGAAUGUUGUGCCACAUGACCCCAACCUCUCCCUGACCGUCGUCUACUUCAGUGAUUCAUACAUUUCUGAAGUACGGAACUUCACCACAAAGAGACUUGAGGGCUUACCAGAUUUCAAGUGGUCUUUCAUCCCUGUGGAUGAAAAGGAGUUUUCACGGGGUCAUGGCUUGCAUAUUGGAGCCCAAAACACAGCAAUGAAGGACACAGGAGAGCUUUUGUUUUUCUGUGAUGUUGAUGUCCUCAUGCACUAUGAUUUCUUCACCCGCUGCAGAAGCAAUACAAGGAAAGGAUAUCAGGUUUACUAUCCUGUUGUGUUCUCACUCUACAACCCUAAGUUGGUAUAUCCACUCUUUGACAAGAGUAUACCUCCCAUAAGUGAACAGUUGGUUGUAGAGGUACAGUCAGGGUUCUGGCGUACAUUUGGGUUCGGGAUGGCCUGUAUGUAUCGCUCAGAUUAUGAAAUAUCUGGAGGUUUCCCAGAUAUACGCAGCUGGGGAGGAGAAGAUGUCGCCCUUUAUGAAAAGUUCCUCAAAAUGAAAGAUGUUAAGGUAAUCCGUGCUCCAGAUCCAAGUUUAUUCCACCUGUAUCAUCGUAAAGUAUGCUCAGACACUAAUAGCGUGUCUUACCCAGCUUGCUUGAAAUCCAAAGCAGUGACAGAAGGAUCCCAACUCCAGCUCGGCCUCUCUUUAAUUAAGCUCCAUGAAGGAAUCGAUCUGGAGGGUAUUUUGUCUAAAAGGUUCUAUUACUUCUGGCUUAUUCCCUAUCUUGGAGGUCUCCUCAUACUGUCCCUUCUCAUCAACUUGGUCCAAGCCAUUGUUAUUCUUAGCAGACGAUCACAGAAUUUUAGGAAAAUGUAGUGUCAUUAUAAAAUUUAGGGGUAAGCUCAGGGCUUCAAUAAGAGAAUGGAUAUUUAAAGCACAAAUCUUAUAUGUGGUUAUAUAAAUUCAUAUUGUAUUAUAUCAAUCCUCAAACUUUAUUUUUUCAUAAAGUAAUGUUUUAUUGUAUUCUUUAUAUCAGUUUACUACAUUAUUUAUCUAUAUGUCUACUUGCCUACUGUAAUGUAAAUCUGUAGCCUAUAGAUUUAUCUACACUGGUAGUGAGCAAGCAUGAGCAGAUGCAGGUGAAUGCAAGAAGUGUUUAUAGAUCAUUUUUUCUGCUUGAAUCUUACAUUUCAAGCAUUUACUCAAUGAGAAUACAUGAAAGAAUCAAUAAAGAAAAAUCUCAUUCAGUUUACUCAUUCAAAAGCUGGUUCAUAGAGGAUCCACAAAUGAACCAGCUCUUACCCUCUCCUGCCUGCCUGUACCUGCUUAUGGUAAUUGUGGACGCAGCCCAGGUCAUAGUAAUUAAAAGAAAAAGGUCUGAAAAGUCGGAUGUGAUUUACAAGUUCAGAAAAGGUAAUGAAAGUUCAUAUGAGAACUUUAAAAGAAGAGAAACCUGUUUGUGAUGUCACAUGUGAAUAAUAGUGAAUGGGAAAAAAUCUAAUAAGGAGCAUUCCAUUACUAUAACAGAAAUGGAAACUACAGGUUUCUUGAUAUAGUAGGUACUUUCACUAGUGAGUAAAUCAACUAAGAUAUGGUAGGCUAGAAAAUCACAAUUAGUAUUCAGUAUUAUUCAAAGGUAAUCAUAAGGGUUUGUUUGGCAUGUGACAAAGAUGGAAUAUACCGCCUCUU